UUUUGCACUCUGCGCCGUGGCUGGUCUUGCGCUAGUGGUUGUUCACCGUUAUCGUCCGAGCGCCGCUCAAGGUCUCAGACGGAGUCACCAUGGGACGCGUCCGCACCAAGACUGUCAAGAAGUCUUCGCGCCAGGUCAUUGAGAAGUACUACUCUCGGAUGACCUUGGAUUUCCACACCAACAAGAAGAUUCUUGAGGAGGUUGCUCUCAUUCCCUCCAAGAGACUCCGCAACAAAAUUGCCGGAUUCUCGACUCAUCUCAUGAAGAGGAUCCAGAAGGGACCCGUUCGUGGAAUCUCUCUCAAGCUUCAGGAGGAGGAGCGUGAGCGUCGCAUGGAUUUCGUCCCCGACGUCUCCGCCAUUAAGACCGAUCAGAUCGAGGUCGAUAAGGAGACUCUAGACAUGCUCGCUGCUUUUGGUAUGAAUGAUAUUCCGGGGCUCGUCCAAGUUGAUCCCGUCCCUGUGCAGCAGACGACGGGAUUCGGUCGUGGUUUUGGCGGAGCUAGGAGGUAUUAGGUUUUGGCCUUCAUCUUCGUGGUUUUGGGAUUUGAGCUUGUCGUUAGUCGCUCAUAAUCAUGUAACUGAAGUUUUACUUGUCAUCCGGUGAUUAAACUUGAACUUCUGUGUUAGAGAUCACAUAUUAUGGUUCUACUUUUUUUCUCCAAUUUACUUAAAUUAAAACUCGUCAAAAUUUAGUCAAUGCAAUUGAUUUUGUAUG